AUGACUGAAAGGAGUAAUACAAGGAAUCAGGGAUUUCUCCCGCAAAAAUACAACUCUGGGUCAAGUGCUGGAAUACCUAAACAGGCGGGUUCUUCGCAGGAGACUCUUGUUUGCCCCGCAUUGCAUCUUUACCCUCUCAACGAUACAUUUGUACCCAAACAAAUCAAUUUGGCCCCGGCAAGCUCCAACAAUCGCAUAAAGAUUGGAAGGUAUUCGAACAACAAAACUGUGCCUAGUCCUGUCAAUGGAUAUUUUGAUAGCAAGGUCCUUUCUCGCGCACACGCCGAAGUUUGGUGUGAAAACGACAAAGUCUUCAUCAAGGACAUCAAGUCAUCAAAUGGCACAUUUAUCAAUGGCACACGUUUGUCGCCUGAAUCACAAGAGUCCGAACCGUUUGAACUACACAGUGAGGAUGUGGUGGACUUUGGCAUUGAUAUUUUGACGGAUGACAAUAAAGACAUCUUGCACCGUCGCGUAGCCUGUCGAGUAUUCUUGGUGAUUUCGCCAGAUGAUGCCUUGAAACUUCGAAACGACUUUUCGAGCCUUUAUCGUGGAGGUGUACACGGCGGCACGCUUGGAAAUGCUGGCCUAUGUCCUGGUGCCGAGGGUGGCUUUCGACGUGGUAAACCAAAUAUUAAUCUCGAUCAGGUUCUUGGUCGAAUACAGAUCGAGCUACAUAAAAGCAACAUGGUCGGCAGUGAGCUACGUACCUUGAGUACAGCUAUCGAACAAAUCCAUAACACGCUCGGCGGUGGCGUUGUGCCCGUUCAAGAUGCUCCUCAUCAAGAGUUGGUUCCCCCCAAAACUAAUGGGCUAAGAGAAUCUUCUGUACCCACGACUGAAAAAGAGUCUAUGGAUGCCAACACACUGGCGAAUCUUGAAUCGCAGCUCGCAAAUGCACAGACCUUGCUGGCUAAUCAUAUGGAAAAAAUUAAAGAAUUGGAAGCCACACUCGCUGGGUAUGAACAUGUAAAAGAUGAAGUCUCAGCUCUCAAGGCAGAAAUUGCUCAAACUAAGCUCGAACUUAUUAACACUCAUUCUUUGCAGGGUGUAGCGCGCUCCCCUGACCGUUUGUUAAAUUCGGUCCGCGAAGUUUCUGAUGGCUUUAACGAUGCUGCAAGUACAAGUAGUACUGAUACUGUGGUGCCUGUUUCAACGGGGGACAAUUCCGAUGCUGAACGAGCAGCAGAGGUGACAGAAGAGUCUGCACCAAUGUUUUCUCAACGUUUUUUGUCAGGAUCUGAAAACUUUGCAAGUUCUUCUUUGCUUCCGGACGUCUUGGCUCGAAUUGAACGACUCGAAAAAACUUUCCUAGAACAAGGGCAGCAACAACAACAGCAAAAACAGAUGCAGCGAAAAAAUGACACGUUCGUACUUACCAAUUCGGAUGAGUCAUUUUUGCAAGACUGGCAACAAUGUUUUGAGCGAAAGUGGGAGCAACAAAGGAACGAAUGGGAUAAAACGCAUCAAAAAAUUAACGAUUCUAUUGCAUUUUUAAACAGUCAACAAGCAUAUCAAACCAAGAAAGUAUCCCCAUCGUCGGAACCCAUAAAUCCUGAGAUUGUCCUGCAAGAGAAAAAAAUAUCCAAGCAUGCCCCAGAUUCGCUCUUUCAGGACUUUAAGUUAGUUUUGGUUAUCGUAUCAUCCCUUCUUGUCAGCUCACUUAUCACCCUUUAUUUGUCGAAACGGUCCUAA